AUGCUCGUCCUGCCUGGCUCUUCUGCCCUCACCCCCUCUCGAAGGGCUGCUCUUCUGAAGCUCUUCCAGGCCGCACUCCCCGCUAUCACCUCCAUCGACGCCGUCCACCUUCACCUCGUCAACCCUGCUAGCGACGCUGCCCAGGAGACACUUGCCGCCGACUCUUUCGAGCGCAGGACUCUCGAUGCCUUGCUGGCGUACGGCGACAACGAGCAGCUUGAGACUACCAAGGCGUUCAUUGACGCGGGAUUGAAGGGCGACAACGUCUUUGCGCUCUACAUUCUCCCUCGAGCCGGCACCAUCUCCCCCUGGUCUUCCAAGGCUACCGACAUUGCCAAGAUCUGCCGUCUCUCCGAGCAUGUCGCCCGUCUCGAGCGAGGUGCCCUUUACGUCUUCACCUCUAGCUCCAAGGUCGCCCUCCCCGAUCUCGUGCACAACUUGCACUUUAUCCACGACCGCAUGACCCAGCUUGUGCACACUUCUUUGCCUGCUGCCGCCACUGUCUUCCCGCCUACCCCCCCCAACCCCAGCGCGCUGGUAUCUGUGCCCAUCAUUGGCGCUUCCAACCCCCACGAGGUUCUGGGAGAAGCCAACGCGCGUUUGGGUCUCGCGCUCUCUGAAGCCGAAAUUCCUUACCUUGUUGACUCUUUCUUGGCUGCCGGUCGAAACCCCACAGACGCCGAGCUCUUCAUGUUUGCCCAGGUCAACUCUGAGCACUGCCGUCACAAGAUCUUCAACGCCAAAUGGACUAUUGACGGUAAGGACAAGGACAUUUCCUUGUUCGGCAUGAUCCGCAACACUGAAAAGUCUUGCAACUCUAUCAACACUCUUUCGGCCUACGAGGACAACGCUGCCGUUAUUGAGGGUUACGAGGCGCCUAGAUUCGCUGUGGGAGGCGCUGAAAAUGGUGUCUACACUUCCAAGCUCGAGAAAAACCCCAUCCUCAUCAAGGUUGAGACCCACAACCACCCCACUGCCGUAUCUCCCUUCCCUGGUGCCGCCACUGGCUCUGGUGGCGAGAUCCGUGACGAAGGCGCUACCGGCCGAGGCUCUCACCCCAAAGCUGGUCUUGCUGGCUACACCACCUCCGAUCUGCUCAUUCCUGGCUUUGAGCAGCCUUGGGAGUCGGACAUUGGCAAGCCCGCCCACAUCGCCUCUGCCCUCGACAUCAUGAUCGAGGCUCCCUUGGGCGCUGCUUCUUUCAACAACGAGUUUGGCCGUCCCGCUCUCGGUGGUUACUUUAGGACCUUCUUGUUGCCCACCAAGGAUGCGGAGGGCAAGGAGGAGUGGAGGGGUUACCACAAGCCCAUUAUGAUUGCGGGUGGUUUGGGUAACGUGCGACCCCAGUUUGCGCGAAAGGACAAGAUCACCCCCGGUGCCAAGGUCAUCGUCCUCGGUGGUCCUGGUAUGUUGAUCGGUCUUGGUGGUGGUGCCGCCUCGUCCAUGGCUUCCGGCGCUUCUUCCGCCGACCUCGACUUUGCUUCUGUCCAGCGAGAGAACCCCGAGAUGGAGCGACGAGUCCAGCAAGUCAUUGACGCUUGUAUCUCUCUCGGUGACGGCGUCGGAAACCCCAUCCAGUCCAUCCACGAUGUUGGCGCUGGUGGUCUUUCCAACGCUUUGCCCGAGUUGGUGCACGACUCUGAUCUCGGUGCCGUCUUUGAGAUCCGAGAUGUCCUUGUCGACGACCCUUCGAUGUCUCCCAUGGAGAUCUGGUGUAACGAGUCGCAAGAGCGAUACGUCCUUGCCGUCGCCCCCGAAAACCUCGAGCUCUUUGAGAGCCUCGCCAAGCGGGAGCGAUGUCCCUUCUCUGUCGUUGGUACCGCCACGGAAGAGGAGCGACUCGUCGUCACCGACAGGGUCUUGGGCGACAACGCUAUCGACAUCUCCAUGUCUGUCCUCUUCGGCAAACCUCCCAAGAUGCACCGAGAAGCCAAGACCAUCAGCCCCGAGAGGGAGGCCUUCGACUCUGCGCUCUUCUCCUACUUGCCCAAGUACGAGGGUGCGCCCACGACUUCUCUCUACGCCGAAACGAUCAACCGUGUCCUCCGACUCCCCGCUGUCGGCUCCAAAUCCUUCCUCAUCACUAUCGGUGAUCGAUCCAUCACUGGUCUUGUCACUAGGGACCAGAUGGUUGGCCCUUGGCAGGUCCCUGUCGCCGAUGUGGCCGUGACUAGGUCGAGCUACGGGUUUGACGUCCUUGUCGGUGAGGCUAUGGCCAUGGGUGAGCGAACUCCUCUCGCUCUCUUGUCUGCUGGUGCUUCCGCUAGGAUGUCCAUCGCCGAGUCUCUCACCAACCUUGCCGCCUCCAACAUUCCCCUCCUCUCUUCCAUCAAACUUUCCGCCAACUGGAUGUCUGCCGCCAGUUACGAAGGCGAGGGUGCCCGUCUCUACGAAGCCGUACAGGCCGUCGGUAUGGACCUUUGUCCCAAGCUUGGUGUCGGAGUGCCUGUGGGUAAGGACUCGAUGUCGAUGUCUAUGAAGUGGGCUGGCCAGAAAGGCGAGAAGAAGGAGGUUACUGCGCCAUUAUCUCUCAUCGUCACUGCCUUUGCCCCCGUCGAGGAUGUGUCCAAGACUUGGACUCCCGUCCUCAGGUCCGACAAGGGCGAAACCGUGUUGGUCUUUAUCGACCUCGCCCGGGGCAAGCAGAGGUUGGGUGGUUCCGCCGUCGCGCAGGUGUUCAAGCAGCUCGGCCACGAAGCGCCCGAUGUGGAGGAUGCUGCCGAUAUCAAGGCGUUCUGGCACGCGGUGCAGGCGCUCAAGAAGACCGGAGAGGUGUUGGCGUAUCAUGACCGAUCGGAUGGUGGUCUUUUCACCACUGUUGCGGAGAUGGCUUUUGCCGGACGAGUGGGUGUGGAGAUUAGCCUCGAUGCUAUUGCGUCCAAGGGUGAUGCCGUCUCGGCUCUCUUCAAUGAGGAGCUUGGUGCUGUUGUCCAAGUCCAGACUGCAGAUCUCCCCGCCUUCACCGAUGCCUUUGUCAAGGCCAGUUUCCCCACUCAACAUCUCCACUCUAUCGGUCGUGUCCUCGGCCGCGAGAACCAAGGGGUCAGCAUCAUUCACCAGGGUGAAGCUAUCUACACUGGUACCCGAGGUCAGCUCCAGCAGACCUGGGCGGAGACGAGUUACAAGAUGCAGUCUAUCCGAGACGAGCCGACUGGCGCCAAGGAAGAGUUUGAUGCCAUCCUCGACGACAAGGAGGAAGGUCUCACUUUCAAGGUGCCUUUCGACUUUUUGCCGGACGUCAAGCGAUCGGCCAAUGCGCCUAAGGUGGCUAUCCUCCGAGAACAGGGUGUCAACGGUCACAUCGAAAUGGCUUGGUCUUUCUACGAGGCUGGGUUCGAAGCCGUUGAUGUGCACAUGUCGGAUAUCAUCUCUUCUCGUGUCUCCCUUGCCGACUUUAAGGGUCUCGCCGCUUGCGGUGGAUUCUCCUACGGUGAUGUCCUCGGUGCCGGUAACGGUUGGGCCAAGUCAGUCUUGCUCAAUCCCCAGGCCCGAAAGGAGUUUGAGGCCUUCUUUGCCCGUGAAGACACAUUCGCCUUGGGUGUCUGCAACGGUUGUCAAUUCUUUGCGCAAUUGAAGGAGAUCAUCCCUGGUGCCGAGAGCUGGCCUCUGUUCAAGACCAACCGCUCCGAGCGAUUCGAGGGACGUGUCGUCAACUGUAAGGUCUCUCCCGAGGCCGCGCAGAGCAACAUCUUCUUCCGAGACAUGGCCGACGCCAUCAUCCCCAUCGCUAUCGCCCACGGUGAAGGCCGAGCUUCCUUUGACACCACCGGUUCCCUCUCCGCGCUCAACUCUUCCAACCUUGUUCCCGUCCGAUACUCUACUGCCACUGGCGCCACCGCCUCUGCCUACCCUGCCAACCCUAACGGUGGACCUGAAGGUAUUGCGGGUGUCUCGACGCCUAAUGGGAGGGUGUUGGCUGUGAUGCCUCACCCGGAGCGAGUCGUCGCGAGGGAGAGUUACUCGUGGUUCCCCGAUGGUGAGGGAGAACCAUGGAAGGGGAAGGGCCCUUGGUUCAGGCUGUUCCAGAACGCGUACAAGUUUGCCGUUGAGGGGAAAUGGUGA